AUGGACGGAUCGCAAGGCCAGGCGGGUCAGCCCAUGGGUCAGCCGGCCGCGCAGCAACACUCCAAUCUUAUUCGAACCGACCAAGUGCAGAAGCUACCACACCUGAACGAAGCCCAGAAAGCCCAGCAUACCCAGCUCGUUCGCAGCUUUUGGGAGCAGCUGAACACGCGUGAUCCCCAAAGCCACGAAUACCAGAACGCCCAGAUCAAACUCUCCCAGUUGUCACAGAAUCUGAUGAAGGGUAUGCGGAUGUUUCAGCAAAAUCGUCAGCAAGCGAUCCAGCAGCAGCAACAGGCCCAGGUUCAUGCUCAAGCUCAGGCGGCCCAGGCCCAGGCUCAGGCCCAGGUAGCUGCACAGCAAGGUCAACAGGGUCAGCCAGUUCAGCGGAGCCAGUCUAAUAAUCCGCAAACUCUUAACCAGCUGCUGCCGCAGAUCCAGGCCAAGGUCAACUCUCUCAACUUUUACCUCCCACCGAACGUCACACAAGAACAAGUACAGACAUGGAUCCCCGAGGCGCGUUUGCGAUAUGGCAUUGCGCUUCAGAAGCAAGAGGUCGGACGCGCGCGGCUAGCAGAUUUACGCCAGCAAUAUUCAACACGCCAGGCGCAGGCCAAUAUGACGCAGGAGGAGGUGCAGGAGUUUAAGAAUCGGCAGCUAGCAGCAGAGAAGUUGUUUAGGGAAGGCAGUGACUUCCUCAACAAGUUCAAGGAGCAGCAAGAGAGCUUUAAGAUGCAGUCACAGCAAAAUCCCCAGAUGAGCCAACCAGGGCAGGGCACCACUGCACCGGUAACUCAGCCCGCUCCUGCUGCCCCUGCGGCGACUCAAGCGGCACCCAACCCUCAGGCAGGCAAUGCUGCCGCUGCCGCCGUAAGUGGCAUGCCCGGCCAAGCACCCACUCCGGCUCCCCACACCAUCAACUCUGCAGUGAAUGCGGCUCGGAACCAAGCGGGACAAACUGCCAUGUCACCCUCGACCUCGCAGCCUGGUCAGGCACCUUCAUCGGCUAGUGCGACUCCUGCUUUGUCAAAUGCGGCCCCUCCAGCCCAGCGGCCUCAGCAGCCUUCAUCGCAGCAGGGGACUCCAGGACCAGGAGGUCAAGUCACUUUCAGCCAAACUCCUAACCUAGAUGGCUCCACCCCGACCCCGACAAGCUCUCAGCCGGUCAACCAAGGGCCACCUCGUCCCCUGUCGCAUCAGGCAGCGAUGCAGCAAGCAGCUCAAAAUUAUAACUCUAAUCAAAAUCAGCAGCAGCAGCAACAGCCGCAACAACAACAUCAGCAGCAGCAACCGCAGCAGCAAAACAUGAACCAGGCUGCUGCCAAUCAGCAAACUCACCCGCCAGGCUACCUUGCCAACCGGUCAACUGAGGCUUCUGCCCGUAACAUCAACAUGCACAUCCCCAAAAACCUUAACGUCUCCACUCCUGAACCAGUCUCCAUGCCUCCUUCUCGCCCCUCUCUUACCGGUGGCCCCAACCAUAGUAAUAUGGGCGGUAUGAUGAGCCAACCUGCAAUUCAAAAGCACCCUGGCUAUGUCCUUGAAGGUGAAGGUCAACAUGUCCUGAGCAAGAAAAUGCUUGAUAUCCUCGUUCGCCAGGUCACUGGUGGUGGUGAAGGAGAGAUACUGACUCCUGACGCUGAAGAGUUCGUACUCUCGAUGGCCGAUGAUUUUGUCGAUGAUGUGAUCACCCAGGCUUGCCGCCUCGCCAAGUUGCGUCCAUCUUCCACUCUCGAGAUCCGUGACAUCCAGCUCGUUCUUGAGCGCAACUACAAUAUGCGUAUCUCCGGUUUCUCGACUGAUGACCUUCGCACCGUCAAAAAGCCCCAGCCCACCCAAGGCUGGCUGCAGAAGAUGACUGCCAUCCAGGCCGCCAAAGUCACUCAAGGCAGAUCUGAGUAA